AAGGAAAGGAGAAAGGGAGGGAAGGAAGAAAGGAAAGAAGAGAAAGGGAGGGAGGGAGGUAAAGAGAAAUAGGGAAAAGGGAGGGAAGGAGGGAGAGAAGGAAAGGAAGGAGAAAGGAAGGAACGACUGAAGGAAAAAGAUAGGGAAAGAAGGUCAAAUGGAAAGAAAGAGAAGGGACGAACAGAGGUAGCGAAGGGAGGAAGGAAAAACCUGGGCGAAAGGAAGGAGACGGAGGGAAAGAAAGAAAGAAGGGAGGAAAGAAUUAAAAGGGUAGAGAAACCAAAGGAAGGAGAGAAACUAAAGAAAGGGAAGCGCUCGAUCUAAUCCGCAAGUUUGGCUCGGUUUCAUCCCGCUCCUGGCACGUGGGAAUCGCGCCUCGGGCUCAGCGCAGGCGGGGCGGCUGUGCGGGCUCCCCGGAAGGUCGCGGAGCGGAGCGGCUCCUGCCCCGCCGAGCCAGAGGCCGCGCUGCCUCCCGGGCCGCCCGGCGGGGCCCCUUUAAGCGGCUGCGGCGUCCUUGCGCGCACAGCCGGGCGGGCGAUCCGGGCGCAGCCGCCGCCGCAGCAGACAAAGGCCGGCGUGCAGCCGAUCGGGCGCUGGCAGCCGCGGGGCCGAGAGUGCCUCUGAGCAUAGGCCGAGUGCCCCCAUGGCCCCCGGGGGCGUCCGGCUGCCGCAGCUGCUGCUUCUUCCUUCGGCGGGGCCAUGAGCUGCUCCCCUCCGGAGCCCCCGGCCGGCCAGGCCUGCGCGCUGGAAGGGCUUCCCCCGCUGCCCAAAGGGCUGAGCGGCAUCCUCAACUCCAGCGGCGGCUCGUGGCGCGAGAUCCAGAAGGUCUACAGCAAGAAGUCGCGCAUCCAAGACGACCUGCGCCAAGCCCAGGCGGUCCCCGGGGAGAAGCCGCCGCCCCCGAGACCCCCCCGGCCCGCCAACCUGGAUGCCGCGCUGGCCGUGCUGCGCAAGGAGAUGGUGGGGCUCCGACAACUGGACAUGUCUCUUCUUUGCCAGCUCUGGUCACUGUACGAGUCUAUCCAGGACUUCAAAAGCCUCUUCCAAGACAUGUCAUCCUCGCUCCACUCGGAAGGCAGCCUGGCUGCCGAAAACGGCUUCUCGGACGAGGAAGAAGAUUUCGACCUGGACCCGUUAAGUCCGGAUGGGCCGCGGGAACCCCCUCCGGGCCAGCAGCUGCGCUUCCUCCAACCUCAAAACUCCCGGGAUCAGUGGCUUAAGGACUCUUUCCAUAUUGCAAUCUGAGCCAGACACCAGGAAAGGCCAGUUGGAAUUUUAAAAAGCAUCAUGGUUUUGUUUCUGGAACAGUCCAGCCCCUUUUCAGCUUUCCACCUAGUUCCUGGGCUUUUCCCGAUCACGUUUCCCUCAAGAAAUCGACAGGAUUUCGUUGGCCUUUCCAGAAAAGAGAGAUGGUUGCAGGGGCAAACUGCAGGCAGGUGCUUCCGAGCAGGGAGUCCCCAAUUUUGCAACACAAAAUUGGGAUCCAAUCUUGAGAUUUUUUUUCUUCUUCCUUUUGCGAAACGUCUUCGGAAAAAGCAUUGGGAAAGACCGCAGGGGAGGGUCGAAAUUAACCCUCCCCUGCGGUCUGAAUUUCCUGAAAAAAAAAUCUUCCUCUCCGUCUUCCAGCUUCUCUUCCCCUUUUCCCCCCCCCACCCCAAGGAUGUGGGGCAUUUUUCUUCCAAUGUGGGACCCCCACCAAUUUCAAUAAUUUUUGGCCCGUGUGGAGGACAAGAAGACCGUCUGGAACUGGGGCCCGAUUUGGGGAAAUUGACCUGGAAAUUGAAAGGAAAAUGUUACUUUAUUUAUUCGGUCAAUGACCAGCAAAGUUUAUCCUUGCGUGGAGAUGCGGGUUGCCUGUGAAGCUCUUUCGAUAUUAGAGGAUAAGAAAGGCUUGGCUGCAUCUCUGCAAGAUUCAGGCCCUUCCCUUGCCUCUUUCUUCUUCUUUCCCUACUGCCAGGUUUCCUGUGGCUGAAUGAAAUUUGGGGUGCUGAGCCUCUUUUGCUCCCCCUGCGGUACUAACAGCAUCCCUAAAGGGAGUUAAGAACUGCCAAUUCAGCGGCCGAGACUUUUCCUUGUCCAAAUGCCCGGGUUUAAAUGACCUUCCGAUCUACCUAAUCGGAAUCAUGAGGACUAGGAACUUAUUUUUCUUUUUGGAAACCGGGAUGGCCAGUCCAGCUUGCAUUCUGAGGAUCCGAAGCUUUGGGCAAGCAAAGACCCUAAACAUAAAACUCUUAGAGACUUCUAUUGCAAAUGUAUUAUUUUAUUUUAUUUUAUUUUAUUUUACUUUUUGCAAUGGAAACUUGCAAGAAAGAUUGGGAUGACCGGGUUAAAAAUGUAGGGAGGUGGGUGGGUGGGUUGAGGGGAGGGAAGUCUUUUUAAUGCACCUUCCUUUUUGCUUCUGGCAUGUUGCUGCUGAAAACCUUUAGCAUAAAAAUAGAAGAUUUGAUUUAGCUUUGAUUUAGCAUGUCAGAGGAGCCAUUGAUUUAAGCUCUGAUUUAAGGCUUAGGAUAAGAGAUGAGGUGCGGGUUUAUUUGGCAAAGGCGGGGAGGGGCUUUGCACAAAUGUAUGAACCCCCCCCGGGGUGGGCUUCAAAAAUUUUUAGCAAGGGGUUCUCUGCCCGAUUGCUAGGCAUGAUGGGCGUGGCUUAGUCGGCCUCCUGCACCAUGGCAGGGGGCGGGGAUUUUUGUCCUCCCCAGGCUCCGGAGGCUUUUCUUGAUCCUCCAGGAGGGGGAAAACGGCCUCCCCAGGCUCCAGAAGCCCUCUGGAGGCCGGAAACGGGCCUUCCCGAACUUCCAGUAGGCCUCUUUUUCGCCCUCCCGGAGCCUUACCUGCAUCCCAAAACGGGCUGCCUGGGGACUCCUGGGAGGGGCGGGGUGGGAUGGGGUGGGCGGGGCCAGCCAGGAGUGGGAUUUGGGGGUUCUCCGAACUGCACAGAAUCUUAGCUAUAGAGGUUCCCACGAACCUGCAGCAGCCCACUCCUGAACCCGCCCCUGGUAAGCAGCCAAAUAGGUUUUUGGAUGGUACAUGUUAAGUUUCCUUGGGGGGGGGGGGGGGGGCUGAUGCACCCCACUUUCUCCUCCUCAAUUGCAGACUGAGAAGAAAUAGUUAGCGAGGAAUGUGCUAGGUAGAACAUUUGUUUGGGGGUUUAAAAAAAAAAGAAUAAAUCUGGUCAUAUUGCCUUGGCUGGAUUUUAUGACUGUCCCACUCUAGCCAGGUUACCUUGGCUCAAUAUUUAAUUGCAUAGUGUUUUCUAAUAGGAUGAUGAUGAUGGUGGUGGUGGGUUUUUCGAGGCUUGAAAUAAACCUGAGAGCAUUUGGGAAGCAUCCCCACCCCCCACCCCCGUCCACGGCAAGCAAAAGGGGGAGGCGCGAGAAAUAAAGUGUUAAAAGCCUCUUGAACAAAA